AUGGAAGAAAUUCCGGAAAAUAAAAUGAUUUAUUACUUGUACUUAUGGGUUAUCCAUAAAAAAAAUUUGAAAGUUGACUGUAUAUUGUUUAAUUGCUUAAAGCCUUUGAAGGUAGAAAAGUAUGAAGAGUUUGUGUUGAAUGCAGAGGGAGAAAAAGGGAAAGUAUGUACGUAUCAUUUACAUAAUCAGAUGAUGGGGGCUAUAAUUAGUAGUCUUGAAUACCAGAAGAAGCUUCUAGGUUUUGGAGGAAUACUGAGUUGGCAUUCACAGCAUAUUCACAUUCUAAGUAAAAUAAUGUCAAAUUCAUCUUUCAGAUUUUGGUACAAUAAAGUGACUAUUUGCGGUGGUUCUGUAACCACCAAAUUUUUGCUUAGUUGGAUGCAACUUUGUCACCCAUCCCCGCGUUCAGAGGGAAAUAUCACCCAUGUCAUGGUAAAAGGUCACCACUACCUUAGGCAAAUGUUCUGGCCUUCUGCUGCCUAUUUUAAUAGAAUUGGAAUGAUAUGUGUAAAAAUCCCAACUUCUACUUGUUUAUCCUUGACCAAGCAAAACAGAACGGCCAAUCUAAACUUCAAGGGCACAGUAGGCGCCUCCAUAAUGAACAUUUCCAGAUGGUUCACAGCUCAAAUCGCUUUAAAUGUUGAUAGCAUUCCUUUAGAACAGGGGACUCAAGAAGAUUUCAAAAGUCACUACAAGUUCUCCCAACCUCAGCCUAAGCCCCUCUUCGGCCGCGUUAAGAUUAUUUCAGUAAAAAAAUAUUCUAAUAACCACUCCACUUUUUUUAGUCUUUUAAUAUAUAACUGCAAGGAUGAAUUAAGUUACCUUAGAGAGGAAGAAUUCAAACAAUGGUGGACAGUUAUUUAG